AAAAAAAAAAAAAAAACAAUCUUACGGCCAAAAAGAAAAAAGCCUUAGCAGUUCCUUAAUCUUUAGGGCAAAUAUCUUAUUCUUUUCUUCUCUUUCACUCUAAAAAACCAACAAAAAUGGAGGAGAUAAACCCUAUGGAACUGCUCCGAUCCAAUCUCUCUCGGGUUCGGAUCCCCGAACCCACCAAUCGUAUCUACAAGCAAGAAUGCUGCAUCUCCUUUGAUUCUCCGAGGUCGGAAGGAGGAUUGUUUAUUGAUAUGAGUACGUUUCUAGCAUUUGGGAAAGAUUAUGUGGUUUGGAAUUAUGAGAAAACUGGAAAUCCUGUGUAUCUGCAUAUUAAGCAAACGAAAAAGUUGGUUGCUGAAGAUAGGCCUUCGAAGAAACCCACACUUUUGGCCAUUGGUGUUGACGGUGGAUUUGACAACAAUGAACCAGAAUAUGAAGAAACUCACAGUAUAGUCAUUUUGCCUAAUUUUGUUGCUCUAACUUUUCCAUCUGUGGAGUUGCCAGAGAAGGUAAGGUUGACAGUUGAUGCUAUUUUAAUGGCUGAGGGUGCUGAACGGAAAGAGCAAGUUGCAGCCUGGACUGCUGAUAAGAAGCAAAUAAGUGCAUAUGCAAUGGAUUUACGGCAAACUGGUAGUGUUGUUGUUCCUCCAUCUGGUUGGAAAUGUGCUAAGUGCGAUAAAACAGAAAAUCUAUGGUUAAAUCUUACUGAUGGAAUGAUCCUCUGUGGGAGGAGAAAUUGGGAUGGAACUGGUGGUAACAACCAUGCCAUUGAUCACUACAAGGAGACUGGCUAUCCUCUCGCAGUAAAGCUUGGGACCAUUACUGCUGAUCUGGAAUCUGCAGAUGUUUUCUCUUACCCUGAGGAUGAUAGUGUUAUAGACCCACUUCUAGCACAACAUAUGGCAUAUUUUGGUAUUGAUUUCUCAUCAUUGCAGAAGACCGAAAUGACAACUGCUGAAAGGGAGCUUGACCAGAAUACCAACUUUGAUUGGAAUAGAAUUCAAGAAAGUGGGCAGGAUGUAGAAGCAAUUUUUGGACCAGGUUAUACAGGUCUAGUGAAUCUUGGAAACAGCUGCUACAUGGCAGCAACCAUGCAAGUGGUGUUUUCAACACAUUCAUUUUGUAGACGAUAUUAUAUGAACCAAAGCUUAAAAAUGGCUUUUGAGACAGCCCCAGCUGAUCCAACCGUAGACCUGAAUAUGCAGUUAACAAAACUGGCACAUGGUUUGCUCUCUGGUAAAUAUUCUUUUCCGGCAUCAGAGAAAGGUGGAACUGCUGUACCUCCAAUAACAGAUGCUAAACAGGAAGGGAUCCCUCCUCGCAUGUUCAAAGCAGUUAUUGCAGCCAGCCAUCCGGAGUUUUCUACCAUGAGACAACAGGAUGCCUUGGAGUUCUUCCUUCAUUUUCUUGACCAAGUUGAAUGUUCUAAUGCUAUGAAAUCUGAACUGGAUCCCUCAAGGAGUUUCAAGUUUGGUGUUGAAGAGCGCAUCAUGUGUUCAUCUGGGAAGGUUGCAUAUAAUAAAAGGCUUGACUACAUUCUUUCUUUGAAUAUUCCACUGCAUGAAGCUACUAAUAAAGGAGAGCUGGAAUCUUUUCACAAAACCAAAGCUGAAAAGAUUUCAGAAGGGAAGGAUGUAUCCAGUGAUGAAAUAGUUCGUCCAAGGGUACCUCUAGAAGCAUGCUUAGCAAACUUUGCAGCUCCAGAGGAGAUACAUGAAUUUUAUAGCUCUGCAUUGAAGGCUAAGACGACAGCUAUCAAGACUGCUGGUUUAACUUCAUUCCCUGAUUAUUUGGUACUGCACAUGAGGAAGUUUGUCAUGGAGGCAGGCUGGGUGCCUAAAAAGCUUGAUGUCUACAUAGAUGUCCCUGACAUCAUAGAUAUAGGCCAUAUGCGCAGCAAAGGCCUUCAACCUGGAGAGGAACUGUUGCCAGAGGCUGCUCCUGGGAGUGAGGCGGAAUCAAGUCAGCCUGUGGCCAACGAAGAAAUUGUUGCCCAGCUUGUCUCAAUGGGGUUUAACCAGCUUCCUUGUCAGAAAGCUGCCAUAAACACUUUAAAUGCUGGUGUGGAAGAGGCAAUGAACUGGUUGCUUUCACACAUGGAUGAUCCAGAUAUAGAUGCUCCUAUAUCCCAUGGGGCACAGGGUCCUGAGGCAUCUAUUGACCAAUCAACUGUUGAUACUUUGAUUUCAUUUGGUUUUCAAGAAGAAAUUGCUCGAAUGGCAUUGAAGGCAUCGGGUGGCGACAUUGAAAAAGCAACAGAUUGGAUAUUUAACAAUCCCAACCCCUCAGCUUCACCAGAUAUGGAUACUACUACAUCAAGCAACAGCAUACCUACUCCAGUUGAUGCAGGACUGCCUGACGGAGUGGGGAGAUAUCGGCUUUUUGGAAUAGUGAGUCACAUUGGAACCUCUACUCAGUGUGGCCAUUAUGUUGCUCACAUCCUCAAAGAUGGUAGAUGGGUCAUUUUCAAUGACAAUAAAGUAGGGGCUUCUAUCAAUCCACCCAAGGACAUGGGUUACUUAUACUUUUUUGAGAGGAUUAAUAGCUGAAAUCAAAGGGCAGCAGUAUAGAAUUUCACUUGGAAUUUUUUGGGCAGUCCUUUGUGCCUUUUGUAGAAGUGGCUUCCAUAACUUUAGCACAUUCAAAGAUUGUCAUCUCUUUAUCUCAAUAACCCCAUGCUACCCUCCUUUCCUCUUUUUCCUUAAAAUCAUUUUCUUUUGUCUUUUCAUAAAUAAUUUAAUUUUUAAUUUUUUUUGUUUGUUUUUUAUACACCUAUCUAUAUUGCUGCUUGGAAGGGCAGUUAUUAUUGUAAUAGUCGUAAAUUCGAAUUUUUUUUCUCUAGUUUUUUGACAUAUCAAGAAAA